AUGGCGUCCGAGCUCACCGCCGCGCCGGUGCUGUCCACGCCCGACGACGGCAUGCUCCGACAGGCACCGGCAGCGAAAUCCACCCUGUCAGACGACGAGCUGCGGUCGAGAUACGAAAUCGGCCGCACGGCCCGCGAGGUGCGCGAGCGAGGAUGGCGCCGCGUCGCGCUCCAGUUCCCAGACCACAUGCUCGUGGACGCGCCGCGCAUCGCGCAGCUGCUGGAGGCGCAGCUCCCCGCGGACGGCGGCGCGCGGCGCGUCCACGUCCUCGCCGACACGAGCUACAGCGCGUGCUGCGUGGACGAGGUGGCGGCGGAGCACGUCGACGCCGAGGCGGUGGUGCACUACGGCAGGGCGUGCCUCAGCCCGACGAGCCGGCUGCCCGUCGUGCACGUCUUCACGCGGCGCAGCCUGGACCGCGCCGCCGUCGUGGCCAGCUUCCGCGCCGCCUUCGCCGACCGGGCCGCCGCCGUCGUGGUCACGGCCGACGUGACGUACCAGGAGCACGUGGCCGGCGUCGUCGACGCCCUCCGCGCGGCGGGGUACGCAAACGUCCGCGGGACGAGCCUGGCCGCGGGCGCCGACGGCGACGACGCCGCCAUACCCAACCGCCGCAUCGAGGGGCCGGCCAUGACGCGCGACGCCCUCGGCUCGCACGCCCUUUUCCACCUCUCGGACCCGCCGGCGUCGCUGCUGCUCACGCUGCACACGCGCUUCGCCUCGCUGCACGUGCUCUCCACGGACGAGGCGGAGGCGGCGGCGGCGGCGGCGGCCGUCGACAACCCGACGGCCAGGGCGGCGGGCCUCCUCCGCCGACGCUUCGCGCGCGUCCUCUCGCUGGCGUCGGCCGGCGUCGUGGGCAUCCUCGUCAACACGCUCUCCGUGUCCAACUACCUGUCCUCGAUCGACCUGCUGCGGCGCAAGAUUGCGCUGGCCGGCAAGAAGAGCUACACCGUCGUCGUCGGCAAGCUGAACCCGGCAAAGCUGGCAAACUUUGCCGAGAUAGAGGGCUGGGUCGUGGUCGGGUGCUGGGAGAGCGGGCUGGUCGAGGAGGACGCCGGGUACUGGCGGCCCGUCGUCACGCCCUUCGAGAUGGAGCUGGCGCUCGUGAGUGCCGAGGAGAGGACCUGGGGCGCCGACUGGUGGGGAGGCAUCGAGCGGCUCGAGCAGCCCGUCGAGCCCGUCGAGGCCGCCGCCCUGCAGCACCUCGCGCCGGCUGAGGAGCCCGCGGAGGAGGGCGGCGUCGAGGCGCAGGAGUCGCCCCCGCCGCUGUUUGACCUGCGGACCGGCAGGCUCGUCGGCCGCAGCCGACCGAUGCAGCUCGCUUUGCCGAUCCACCGCCGCCCCGGUCGAGACGGGUCGACGGGGGCCGUGGCGAGGCGAGUCGUCGGCGAGCUGGCCAGCGUCAACGGCGUUGCCAGUCCCGGCGCCGAGUAUCUGCGGUCCCAGAGGACGUGGCAGGGGUUGGGGACGGACUUCGACCAGGAGGCGAGCACGGCCAUGGAGCAAGGUCGCGGCGGUGUCGCGAGGGGCUAUCGUGUGGGCGAGGAUGAAUCACGGCAUUAG